AUGCUCUCGCCGUCAGUUCCUCGUUGCUAUUGCGUACGCCAUCACGGCUCACAACCUAGCCACGACUAUGUAGCACUGUCGUACACGUGGGCCGCCUCUGCACACGAGAGCCCCACGGCAGGGCUGUACUCUCCAAAGAAGAGACGGCGCCGGGUCAUGGACCUCGUCUACCAGCGCAGUAAGCAUCCAGUCGGGCUGCUGGGGCGGCCGAUCACAUCAGCGUACGAGCUGGGGCUCCUCGCGAACACCAUCCAGGGCGAGUUGAUCAGGGGGCAUGGAGACAAAAUCCGGCUGUCGCAUCACAAAAGCUCAAAGCACGUGUGGCACGCUCUCGAGUUACUUGGCCGAAUUACCGCAGACAAGUGGUGGCAGCGCGGCUGGGUCUUUCAGGAGAACUACAAGGGAGGCACGCGGAUGACUCUCCUCAUCCGACACGCCGAACACCUCGAACCCGUCAAGCAGCGCCAUCCCGUCUUUGGCACCCUGCGCGGGGAGCUGUGCAUCCGGUCAGUCGACUUCAUGGAGGAGGCCACCCGUCUCUGCCUAGCCUGCCAGCACCAGAUCGCCCGCUACCGAGGCCCCUCGUCGGCCUGGGCAACAAGGAAAAAAACGACCAUCGACCGGAUCCUCGCCGCCGCCGGCAGGUACCAGCUCAUCGUCCCGCCGUCCGGCCUCAUGACGCCGCGCAUCGUCCACGACAUUGAGCGGCGGACCAUGAAAGACCGCUGGAACCGGCUGGCCAUCACCGCCAAUUGCUGCCAAUAUUCACAACGCCUGGACGUCCAGCAUCUCCAGCGCAGCGCCGCAGCCAGCCUCAGCCUGUCGAUGCUCGCGUUGUGCCUGCUCAACGGCGAGGUCCUGCACAACGGGCACCCGGCGACCGCCGCAGCAACCGACAUGACAGCGACGCAGUACCUCACGUCGCGUCUCUUCCGCGACUUUCAGACCCCAGCCAGCGCGCCGCACAGCCUGACAUUCAACAAAAGCUGCCGCUUCAUCGACCCCGCGCUCGGCGAGCGCGGCAUCGCUAUGUCGGGCCACCUGUGGCGGCUGCACAAGACGAUCGACACGCGCCACUGGCGGCCAGAAGGCACAUGGUUAGACGCGCUUCUCUGCCGCGACGCGCAGCUCGCGAGGAGCAGAAGCGAAUUGCUGUUUUCUGAGCGAUACAUGCUCGUCAUGGCGGCUGAGGUCGCCGACGCCGUCGCGCGCGGCGGCGGCGCCCUGCGGCUCGCGUGUCUUUGGGGCGGUUGUGGUGCGGCGACGACGCCGUACAUGGCUGUGUUUGUGUGGGAUAAUGGGACCGGUGGCGAUGGUGGUGGUGGCACGUGGGAGGGCGGCGAGCCGUCGUGGGCGUUCACCACGUCGCGGCCUGAGGACGGCGGCAGCGGUGGUUGGAAGUCGCGGGAUGAUUGCGAAGGAGGUGAUGAUGAGUGCGACGCCAGCGACCUCGACCGGCACGUCUCGUUCGAGGUCGAGGUCGGGAAGGAGGGGGCUGUUGUUGCUGCUGCUGGGGGGCGAGUGGUGGCACCCGAGCUGCGCAUCAGGCGGUGGCUGCCGGGGGUGUGUUUCUUCAGGGGCGUGGAGAGGCGGCUUGCUGUCUUUCCGUGGCCGCAGGAUCUGGAGGCGGUUGGGCGUUGAUUUCUGUUUUACUGUUUAAGGCGUCUGAUGGAUGUUUUUUCUUUCGCCGGCACGUGAUUAUGCCAUGUGGCUGAGGCCUGGCUACGCAAAGAAACCGUGCUCGUAGCUCAUUUCCGUCUGGGGAGGGAGCACAAACGGCAGCGCGAUAUCCAUGCUGGGCCAACGCACUGCGCCGCGCUUCCUGGUUGUGCUUCUCCGUUGCGGCAUGCGCGCGCGAGCAGGCCACGGGAGACCAGCAGCAGCAGCAGCAGCAGCAGCAGCAGCAGCAGC